AUGGCAGCAUCAUCAUCAUUGAUUGCAAGUAUGGAUGGUGGUGGUGGUGGUGGUGGUUUAAAUGCUAGUGGAACAGGUGGUGUGGAAAUUGCUAAAGCUUUAUCUAGUAUGCAAAUACGUAAUGAACAAUUUCGUAAUUUAUAUGAAGAACUUAAAAAAGAAUAUUCAACAUUAUCCAAUGCAUAUGCUGAUUGUCAACGAACAUUAGAAAAAUCUACUGAAGAUAAUCGUCAAAUGCAAGAAAAAUUUAAAAAUUUACUUGAUAAAUUACAAAUGGACAAUCGAAAAAAACAAAUACAAAUUGAAGAAAUGAAAACACAGUUACUUGACAAUAGUAAAAUUGAUCAAAUUCGUGAUCGUUUAUCUUCGGAAGUUGAAGGUCCAUAUAAAUUAGCAUUAUCACAAUUAGGCAAUCAAUUAGAACAAACAAAAGCUGAAUUAACAAAAGUUCGUUUUGAAUUAAAUGCACGAAUAAAAGAACAUGCUUCAGAAUUAUCUCAACGAGAUCAAAUAGCAAAUGAAAUAGAAUUAAAAACUGAAAAAGAAUUAGGAGCAUUAAGAAAAGAACGUGAUCUUCUUCAACAACAUAUUCGUCAAGAAAAUCAAAAAGAUACAAAUAUUGAACAAAAUCGUUCAAGAGAAAUAACACAAUUAAAAGCAAAAGUUGAACAAUUUACUCAAGAAUUAAAUGAAGCAAGAGAAGUUAAACUUCAUGCUGAACAAAUAGCUGCAACUGCACAAAGAGAAUUAUUAAAAGAACGUUCUUUAUCUAAAACAAAUUUUUCUCUUGUUGAGAAUGAACGUGAUUCAUUAAAACAACAAUUAACAACAAUUCAUCAAGAAUUAACAUCUAUUAGUGAACAAUUAACAACAGCUAAUAGACAAUUACAUGAAAAAGAUUUUCGAAUUGCACAAAUAAAUACCGAAUAUGAAAAUAUUCAACAUCAAUUUAAAGUUGAAGUUGCUAAUCAUAAAAUUGAUUUAGCUAAAACACAAAGACAACAUUUACAACAACAAGAACAAUUAAAAUUUCAUAUUCAAGAACUUGAAGAAAAAAUUGCAGCUUUAACUUCUGAUAAAUCGAAAUUAAAAUUAAAUAUUCAAGAAAAAGAACAUAAUUUACUUACAAGUAUUCAAGCAGCAAGAGAAGAUGAAUGGAAAAAUAUUAGUGAAAUAACUAAUGAAAAACUUAAUUUAGAAGCUGAUUUAAAUAUCUUAAAAAAAUCUAAUAAUGAGCGAGAAAAACAAUAUGAUAUUGAGCGUGAUCGUUUAUAUGAACAAAUAAGAAGUUUAGAAAAAACUCGUGAUGAAUUAACAAAAGAAAAUACAUAUUUAAAUACAAAUAUUAAACAAAUGAAGGAUUGUCAACAUGAAUUGGAACGUGAACAAGAAAAAUCUCGAGAACUCUAUAGAAAAUGUGUUAAACUUGAAACUCUACUUUCUUCAACUAAUGGAAUUGAACAAGAAUUAACAGAAAUAAAUUUAAAAUUAAAAAAUGAAUUAAAUCAAUUAAUGAAUGAACGUCAUUCGAAUAAACAAGAACUUCAACAGAUGAAUAGUCAAUGUACAACAACAAUUGAUAAUGCUCGUCGAGCAUUUUUUAAUGAAAGAAAAGAAAUGGAAAUGAAAAUUGAACAAUUAGUUGAACAAUUAAAAAAAUAUAAAACAAAAAUGAUUGAAGUAGAAAGAGAAAAAAAAGAACAUCGAUUAAGAUAUCGAAAUGUUUCACAAAAAUUAAUUGAAAAAAGUCAAUUAAUUGAAGCAAAACUUAAUGAAAUUAAACAAAAAGAAUUAAGUUUACAAAAUGUUGUUAGUGUUCAAACACAUAAUCGUGUAAAACGACAAUUAUCUCAAUUAUUAAAAAAACAUUCACAAUUUCAAACACUUCUCGAUACAAAUAAUAUAAAUCGACCAUCGGUACAAUCAGAUGAUAAAUAUGAUCUUAAUUCUAUGUUAACUCGUUUGGAUCGUUUAUCACAUGAACAAAAUCAUCAAUUAAAUGAUUUUAUUCCAACGAAAGGAACUUCAUUAACUCUUUCAAAUCGCUUUGAACCAAAUUUAACUCAAAGUGGAAUAUUAUCUUCUUCACCAGAUAAACGAAAAAUAAUUCGAUUCGAAGAAGAAAAUCAAUAA